GCCCCCACCACGCACGCGCGCACGCACGUCGGCCCCAGAGUGCGCCGCCGCCGCGAGCGCCCGUGCGUGGUGACGUCGCGGCGGCGCGGACGCCAUCCCGGAAGCGCGAGCGAGGCUGCCAGAUGUGCAGGCCGCGGAGGAGGAGGAGGAGGACAUGGACGCCCCCGACUCGGCCUCCGGGGUCUUCUGCAGCCGCGUCCUGAGCAUGGUGAACGCCGAGGACGUCAACGCCAUCAUCCUGGCCCAGAAGAACAUGCUGGACCGCUUCGAGAAGACCAACGAGAUGCUGCUCAACUUUAACCAGCUGUCCAGCGGCCGCCUGCAGCAGAUGGGCGAGCGCUUCCUGCAGCACACGCGCGCGCUGGGCGAGAUGAAGCGCGACCUGGACAGCAUCUUCCGCCGCAUCAGGACGCUGAAAGGGAAGCUGGCGCGGCAGCACCCCGAGGCCUUCAGCCACAUCCCCGAGGCCUCGCUCCUGGAGGACGAGGAGGAGGACCCCAUCCCGCCCAGCACCACGACCACCAUCGCCACCUCGGAGCAGAGCUCCGGCUCCUACGACACCAGCCCCGACACCGUCUCGCCCUCCCUCAGCCCCGGCUUCGAGGACCUGGCCCACGCCCGGCCCGGCUCCCCCGCCCUCAACGGCCACAGCCAGUCCGAGGAGGAGCCGCAGGGCCAGUAGCCCCGCGCCGCGGGCGGGCGGCCCGGGCUGGCGGGACAGCCCCGCCCCGGGGCCGCAGGACCCCCGCAGCACGUCCGCGGACCCCUGCGGCAAGCCCCAGAGGCCACAGCCCGAUGCCCGGGCCAGGACCCCCACGGCGGGGGAGCAGCUCCCACCCCACCCCACCCCUUUAACAGAGCUGGACGUUCCUCCCGUGGGCGGGGGGCAGCAGGAUGGAGCCCCGGCCUGGCCACCCCGGCCGGCAGAGCUGAACGGAAUAUUUUUGUACCCGAUGUUCACACGCCGUUGCGAAGUUAUCAAUAAAGAGAGGCCGCGACUGCAAAGGGAACAUUG